GCGUAGGAGCACGUGUUUACACGCUCGUAGAAACGAGGCUGUUGAUCAUAACGUGUGACUACGUUGCUGUAACAAACAUUUUCUCUAAUUGUUUAUGGAAGCUUAUAUAAAUCAUUAAAUUUGUGAAUCGUGAAAUAGUUUCUUACAUUUUUGUAAUCAAAAAUUAAAAUGUGUGACAACGCUUCUAGAGAAGAUGCGCAAAAACAAGGUUACACCGAGGAAGAACGUGCAGAACUAGCUGGAAAGCUUGAGCAAGAUUUGGAUGACUUUAUUAAUAGUCUUGAAAAAAAACCUUAUACUGAUGGAUGGCCCGAGGAUCGUUGGGAGGAAGAAAUGGAAAAACAUCCUUUCUUCAUGUCUAAAAUUUCAGAUGACCCAAACCAAGUAUCUCCAUUGAUCGAAGGACUUCAGCAAUUAAAAUAUGGAGAAGAGUACAAUACACCAGACGAAUUAGCUCAAAGUUACAAAGAAGAUGGAAAUUUCAAUUACAAGCAUAAGAAAUACGAGCAAGCUGUUUAUAUUUAUACCAAAGGUAUUGAAAGUAAAUCUGAAAACAAAGACUUGAUGUCCCAACUCUAUAGUAAUAGAGCUUUGUCACAGCUAAAACUAAAACACUAUAAAUGGAGCUUGCGAGAUUGUAGAUCAGCAUUGCAAUUUUCACCUCAGUACAUAAAACCUAUGCAUACAGCUGCAAAAUGUUGUUUAGAAUUGAAAGAUAAUGAUCAGUGUAUUCAAUUUUGUAAUCAAAUACUUAAUAUUUUAAAGAAAGAAAACAAGCAAGAUGAUGAAAUAGUUAAAUUAAAAGCAGAAGCAGAAAAGAACAAAAAGUUGAAGUUGAGAGAUGCUAGAAUGAAAGAAGCUAAAGAAAGAAAACUAAAAGAAACUCAAGAAAAAAUAAAGAAAGCCAUUGAUCUGAAAAAAAUCAAUAUUGAUAAUGAUUCAAAUCUCUUUCAAGAUAGUCAAUGGUAUGUACAUUUAAAAUCUGAUGGUUCGUUGGUAUGGCCAGUGAUUUUUGCUUACCCUGAAAAUAAUCAAACAGACUUUGUUGAAAAUUUUGAAGAAACAACAUCAAUGAAAGCACAAUUAGAAGAAAUUUUCAAAGAAUCACCAGCAUGGGAUAGUGACCAAAAUUAUAAAGUAGAUAAGUUAAAUAUUUAUUUUGCAGGAAAAGAUAAAAAACUUCAUAGAAUUAAUAUAGACCAAUCAUUAGGUUCUAUUUUGCAACACAAACAAUUUAUUGUUAAUAAUGGCACUCCUGUGUUUUUUGUUGUUAUUGCCAAAAGUAAAGUUGAACAUGCUUUCUUAGAGAGUUACAGAUGAAAAACUAUACUUAUGACAGAAUAGCCAAUAAAUUUGUACUAUUUUUAAUAAAUUACUCUUAAGUGAUUUGAAACUGUAAUUAUGUAAAUAAUGAAUAAUUUUUUGAAUAAAAUUGGAAUCAUUCUAAAUGAUACUGGUUUAAACUUA